GCUGUCUUAUGCACAAUGUCAUGUAGUUUAAAUGCAUCAUAAAUGCACAUUAAUUGCAAGCAUUCUAAGUCGUUCUUAGGUUGUUUUUUACAUCACUAGUGUUACCGUAAUUUAAGAAUACUAAAUCAGCAGCUCCGACCUAAAACAGUCUCUCCUUGCGAGCAACCGGAAAUGAUGUUUUUAGCCCUGUACCCUAGCAACAGUAUCCAAUGUGCCAUAUCUAAACAAAAUAGUUCUCAACAAAUUUGUCCAUAAGGGUAUUGAUUUAGUUUAUCAGCUAACAAGGGGACAUGACUGAAUUAUAUCCCGCAGAAAGCAUUUAUAAUCUUAUACCUCGUGAAGAGGUGAAGCCAACAAAACCCCCAAGGUAUACGUCAGUGUUUAAAGAAACUAUUAAAAAAGAAGCACAACAAAAAAUAGCUGACCAUAAAACUAUGGGACCUGCUAAAACGGAUGUUCUAUCCCCUGAUGGAUAUUUGCUUAAACAUUCAAAAGAGAGCAAACUUCCUGAAAAGAAGCCUUUUAAAUAUCCAGAUGAUGAAAAAAGGCGGCCUCCAGUACCCACCAGAACGGACUAUCCUGUCAUGGGAAUUCAGACUAAGAAGAAUUUUUUGCACAGCAAUGCAGCUGAAACUAUUAUGGCAGUACCCAAAAUGCCACAACCAAUAUUUGUGGAUACUAAAAAAGGAGAUAAGCAUCCUCUUGAAACUUCAGGACUUGUUCCAAAAUACUUAAAGAAAAAGGAUUAUGGAAAAGUUCCUAAUUAUUUAGUCCAAAAGAAUGAAGAAAUAAAGCAAGCCCAAGAAGAAUAUGAUGCUUAUAUAAAGGAGCGUCUUCGGCAAGGUGCAAUGAAACAGCUUUCGGAUGCAGAAAGGGAAGAUAUGCUACAGGGCCUGAAGAAGAACUGGGAAGAAUUGCAUCACGAGUACCAAGGACUGUCAGUGGUUAUAGAUACUCUACCGAAGAAAUUUCACAAGGAGAAGCUGGAGUUGGAGAUGAAACAACUGGAAAAAGACAUUGAUCUGAUUGAGAGGCACAAAAUAAUUUAUAUUGCUAACAACUGAAACAAAGCUGGCAAAAUUAACACACACUUAAACUCUAGACAUAAACUAAUUUCAAUUAAACAUUUAAUUCUAGUCAAAUGUA